AUGGUGGACCUGAAGCGACUGGGGAUGAGUUACAACCAGUUGACUGUGUUGAGUUCAGCUAUAAAAAAGCGGAAGAAACUCAAUAUUUUGUAUGUGAGAGGGAAUCCUUUUACAGUUGAAGGAAUGAGAUGUGUUAUGGAGCUAAGGGAUAAGAUUGACAGAGUAUAUUCAUUUGUCCCAGCCUCUUCAGCGCUUCCAAAAUCUUGCAGCGACUUGAAGAAGCUCGAUCCUAAUGCCAAAAUUGGACCAUGCCUGAUUGAUCCCGAUGGCGAUGGAGGAUUUUCGGCAUUUAAUGUCACCUGUGACAUGAGUGACAAGGACGGUGUUGGCGUGACCGUCAUAAGUCACGACAGCGAGAACCGGACACUGGUGGACGGAUAUACAAAACGGGGAUCAUAUUCACGGGACAUACACUACAAAGGAGCAAACAUUUCUCAGCUGGUGAGUCUCAUCGACAUUUCCCAGCACUGUGAGCAGUUCAUAAAGUACGAGUGCCUCGGUUCUACUUUGAAAGAUGCCUUUUGGGUUUCACGUGAUUCUCUGGAAAUGACCUACUGGAGCGGUGCAGCAACUGAAAGUAACAAGUGCGCAUGCGGAAUGAACAACACAUGUGCCAAAAAGCCAGACAACCACACGACCUACUGUAACUGUCAUGUGAAUGACAAUGUAUGGCGUGAAGAUAGUGGUGUCGUUACUAACAGGACUCAUCUGCCGGUUAAGCAGCUGAGGUUUGGAGACACAGAUAUUGACCCUAAUGGGGAAGACGAGUUGGGCUACCAUACCUUGGGAAAAUUCAAGUGUUACGGAAUCGCCUGA